CCCUGAAGCCGGUGUGAGCUGCGCUUCGCCGCCUUCGGGGUUCCCGUGUGGCGAGUGGGGUGCCGGGCUGCGGGGCGGGCUCCCCGUUCCUCCCGGGGGCUCAGCGGUGGCUGUGCUUUAACAGCAGGGUUGGAUUCUAACUGUGUUAUUAUUUAUUUAGCACAUACCUAGAGCUGUUCUGGUUCUUGUCUCUUAACUUGUUCUUAAGGAAAAAGGGGAGGGAGGGAAGGUCACCUCUCUGUGAUAAAUGUGUUAUUUUUUAUGUCUAGGCAUCUAAGAUGUGCUUUUAUAGUGUUAUGGCAAUAGUUCUGUUUUCACAGAUAAGGUUGUUUCAAACUUCAGUUAGGAGAUGAAGAUAAAGUUAGUGCACUAAGAAAGCUGACUUCUGUGAAACAAAUUACUGUGGAAGUUCGCAUAAGGUGUUUUUUUGGAGGGCAACUGACUUCUAUUGAUGACUUGAUUUAAACCAUUUUCAUUAAUUGAUUUCAAAUUACAUUAUUUUAAUGAUUAUCCUUAUCAGAGGAGAAUGAGUGGAUGCAGAUUUGAGGACAGGCCACGUUUCCCCACGAGGAAGAGCUAUCAUAAUGUUGUCUCUUAGGGGUACAUUCUGCAAACCUUCCUGUGCAGAUAUGAGUCACAGGUCAUGCUGUUUGUAUCUGGAGUGGAUGGAACUCAUGUAACUUGUGUGUUAAUCCCACAGCAGUGGCCAAGAAACAGGCCUCAGUUUCUACUCUCAUGCUCCACCAGCAGCCUCUGUCUCACUUCAGUACUUCUCUUGGGUCCUUACAGACCUAUACCACUCUGGAAACCUCCUUGGGAGUAUGAACCAGUGACUUGUGUCUUUAGAAGCCUGUGAAACCUAGCUUAUGGGCCUCCUGGUUGGUCUGUGUGCCACUGGAGGGGAGUUACAGACAGGGCUGUAAUUUGCAGUGCUUUAUAGAAGAGUAUAGUCAGGUUAGAGGCCUAUGACUGUAACAAAAAUUGUUAUGUUUAUUUUCAGUGUUUUAGAAAGCAUAUGUGACUAAGAAAUAUGUCUAAUGUUUGUAUGUAUCCCUCUUCAUUUUAAGCUUCUGGGGGAAGGCAGAGAGGACCUGACAACUGUUUAUAAGAAACAAGCUUCACGAAGGGCAUCUUCCACCCCUGUGUGGUUUUUUUCCUCUCCUUUUUGUUCAUGUUUGCUAUGAAACCAGGUUUGUUCCAAGUCCAGAGCAGGUGUAUUGCUUUUCUUAGUUGUAUUGUCCAGUUUUCUUCUGUUAAAAGAAGUGCUCUGAUCCAAGAAACCAUCUUCCUGUUUUCCUUAUGACUUAUGCUUUCUAAUUGUAAAGAUUCUCAGGUUUUCUUAUGUUUCUGUGCUUGAUAACCAUUUCUUCUUGUUUCCCAGAAUUAAAAUGAAUAUGCUUCCAUUUCCCCCUUGUCCAACACCUGAAGGCUUUCUAGUUCUCGGGAAGCACAGAGCUCUAAGUUCACCUCUUUACUAAUUUCAGUAGUUUUUAAUAUUUUUGUAGCUCUCGGACUGAAGGAUGUUCCCUACAGUAAAUAUACUGGUCAUGGAUCAAGAAGUUGUAAGCUUAUUGUAGCAAGGAGUGCUUACAGGCCAGUAAACAAUCAGGAAUGAUGUGAGGUCAGUUUGUGGUCACUAAAUCCACGACCAUCAGCAUUGUGACUUUGAGAGUCAGUAUGUGCAUCCAAACACCUAGUGAGCUGUCAUGAAGCUCACAUAUGAUGUAUUAAAAAACAGCUCGCUGUGGAUCAGCAGGGAUUCCGAUGAUUCAGCCAAGAAAUGCUUCAGUAGUAGGAGGUUGGAAACUUUGCCCAAGAGUGUAAGAAAAUAGGACUGACUGGUCUCUGAGGAUGUUUUGAAGUCAGACAAGCAAGAGUGGCAAUUUUUCUAAACAGCCUUUCAUGAGCUCUUAGGUUUUCUUUGAGAACAUACCAUGUAGUUCCUGGCUUCUAUACUAGCAUGCAGUAGGUAAAAAUAAGAUGGUUAAUUUAGCAUGUUUUUUAAAACACUAAUAUCCUCUUAUAUACUAUGGAGUAUCUCAGACUUCUCUUAAUUUUUGUUAAGGUGAGAAACUGAUAGGAAGAGAUGAGCCAAUUACUUUGAGAGGUUGCAGUGGAAGUGAAUUGUGUGGAUUUCUUCUUCUGAGGAGGGCUUAAGUGUUUGUACCAUGGAAUCAGAAAAGAAGAGUGAUGUUACAAGCAAAAGGAGAUGCUUUAAUCAGACCUCCCACACUUAUUCUGAGAAAACUGAGCACAUGCUUGUCAGAAACGUUGCAGCAGGAACUAACCACUAUGGUUUUGGCCAAGCACAUUCUGCCAAAGUUUCAGAAUUAAAGUUUUCAGAGGACAGCUUACCUUAUUUAAAUUCAUCUUUAGAUGCAGAUAUUGAAAUCUAUAAUAAGCAGAGAAUGAGAAUUUGCUGCGCACGGGUAGAUGAAAACAAGGAAGAAGCUGAUACAUUGGGAAGGGCAUGUGACAACACCCACUUCAAUUGUGGGGUGUGUGAUGAUUGCAGGCAAAGCCAUUUAGAUGAAGAUUCACAGCUGGAGUAUCUUAGUGCUCACGAGCAAGAUUUUGAUGAUGGGAAUAGCUCAAGUAAGUUUUCUGAGCAAAGAGGAACGAUAGGCAUCGAAACCUUAAAGCUGACAGAUCCAGUUCAUGAAGUUCCAGAGGGUGGAGUCACAACGGAACAAAAUCUUGUUGACAUGUCAGAAGAUUGUUCUUCUGAGUAUGGUGUAGGUGCCCCAACCUGCCUAGAAGCAGCUACGCCAGAGCUUCCCCAUCUGCUUCAGGCCUCCCUGUCUCUGCAAGAUUCCAGUGAUCAUCAGGAAGAGCAGACAGAGUAUCAUAGUGUUGUUUGUGGAAGUAUACUUGAAAGUCAUUCUUACGGGAGUAAAGAAGCGGUCUGUCCAAAUCUGCUUGUAUGUGACAGUUUAGAAAGUGAAGAGGUGAAAGACACCCCACUGAUUGGUGGCAGGCUGCUACCUCAAAUUGCUACAAGUGAAGAAGUGCUUGAAAAAAAUGACAGACAUUCACAGCAUCUCAAUGAAGCAAGACAAUCCUUGACUUUAGCCAUGGGGAAGGGCCCCUGCAGUAGCCGUGCAGAAGCUGUGCAAUUUUGCAAAUGUGCAGAGGACUUUGAUUUCUACAGUUGUGAAGAAUCUGUUGUGUGCGCACGUGGUACCAGCUAUACUGUGAUGGAUGCUGAAACACAGUUUCCAGUCUCUGCAUUUCUCACUAGCAAGAAUCCCUUUUUUGGAGUGGAAGCUGCAGAUGAAUCCCUAUGUGGAAAUACCAGCUGUCUGAAUUUGGUGCGUUGUGAAACCUUGAAAAAAGUUGCCAGUGACUCUACAGUUAACCAGGCUGUUGACGUGAGUUCUGAUUUUAGAGCUUGCUUUACAACAAGCAGAAGUACCAGUGCUCAGGUUUGUCUCUCAUCCAGGGCUAUUAAUACAGAGAUAACAAUGAUGAACAAAUCUCGACCCGCGGAAUGGUGCCGUGAAAGCUGUGCAGAUGUUGCUUGCAAUACAGACUGGUCAUGUGGAGCCUGUAGUACAGAGGAAAUUUGUUCACAGCUUACUGGCACAGUGGAAAAACACUCAGAUGGCAAUACUGCAACAGCUGAAAUAAGCUCACUACAGGAACAGCGGAUAUCAAAAAAUGAGCUUUGUAGCAGCUGUUUAAAGAUAAGCACUGACAGGCCGAUACACCUUGACAAACAAACUGUGAAGAAUUCUACAUCGAGCUGCUGUCAAAAAAUACUGCAGAGAGCGAUUGAAGCAGAAUUGCAGACUCUGAACACUCAUUAUCAGAUGUGCUAUCAGCACUGCUUGAAGAUUUACAAACUGGCUUUGGAAGAAACCACAUGUUUUAGCAGAUGUAAUAGAAAUAUCGAAUUAUGUUCAUCUCUCAUGCUGGUUUUGGAAGAGCUAAAAGAGAAUUACAACAGAAUGAGAAUGAAAAUAAAAAUGGGCAUACCUUUAAAUGCACUUCCACCGCUAUCAGUUGAGAUGAAGUUGUCCCCCAUCUCCUCUCCUUAUGUCCCAUCCAAGUUUUUCAGAGAGGAUCUUUGCUAUGAUUCUGUUUCAGGCACAAGAAAAGCUGACUUUGAAGCACCAAAACUGCAAGAAAGGAAAAUUUCUGUUAACAUGGACAAUCCACAGCUUGUAUGUUUAACUGAUGCCAGUCAGCCAAGUGAGUCGACUUCCUCCAAGACAUUUGAAGGACAACAUAAAGAUCAGCAUGUGGAAUGUGGCUGUGUGAAAAAUGAAGAAGGGAAUGAAUAUUGGUUUGAUGCUAAAGAGGACUUGACAGUACCAGAUUUUUCAGUAAUAUCUGAAGAAACAGAAAAGCAACAAGAAAAACAAGACAUGGUAGAUGUAAGAGAAACCAAGAAAAUUGAGAGUGGAAAUGAGUGUUUUAUUUGUAUUGGUGGCCUGAGUUCCUCAGUGUCAGAGGGUGAUUUAAGAUCACAUUUCCAGAAGUAUCAGAUUUCUGACAUUCUUAUGUGUGUGGAUUCUGGUAACUACAGAUAUGCAUUUAUUUGCUUUAAAGAGGCUAACAAAGCAAAAUUAGCUGUAGAGGAAAUGAACGAGAAAAAAAUAAAAGGAAAAACAAUAAGCGUUGAAUUUGUAAAGCAUUCGUCAUUAGUUUCCCAAAUACUUACAAAUAAGCUCUGGCCUGAAAUCCAGCCUGUUGAUAGCAGUCAAAGAAAAGAUCAAGAUAAAACACUCACUUCAGCCUCCAAUGCUGUGAAAGCACCUUAUGCCAUCUCUGCUGCUGAGAAAACGCAACUGCUUCCCAUAGCUCCAUCAAAAAUUUCUUGCUCUACGCAAGUACCUUCAGAAGCCAAGUGCCCUCAUCUGAAAUCAUCUAGUGAAGAUUCGGUACAUUAUUUGAUUGGAGUUAAUCAAAAGGACACUGGAGAAAAUUUCCUGCAGAAAACCUCUGCUCCUUUCUCCACUAAUUCUUAUGAGGCCUUUAUUCCUCUAAAUACAUUGAAUUUGAGCAGCUUUACCAAAUUAAUGAAGAAACUUCAAGAAAUGCAUCCAGAAGCUAGCAGAGACAAAAUUGUGGAUGCUCUGCUGGAGGUGAAGAAAAACAACAAAGGUAUCUUAAGUGGCUUACCCAUCAGCACUAUUAGGGAAAGGACCUCUGCCAUUCUAAGGAAAUCAACACCCAGUUGUGGAAAUUCCAGGUAUCCUUUGAGUAUCGGGGAAGACAACAAGGGCUUCCUUUUAGAAGUCCUGGUUUUGGAGCUGGCAGUGCUGGUGGACAUGGUUACACAGUCCCUGGCUGCAGCAGAGUUGUCUCAUGUCCAUUUUGACUCAGAAGCAUGUUGCAGACUGCAGAACACUGAUAAGGCCAAACAGUUCCUUCAGGAUGAAGCCUGGGGAAACGGCUGCGGAGAAGCGAUCCCCGCGCGGAGCGAAGCAGCGGGCGGCGGAGCGGACUCCCCGGGCCGGGCAGGCGGGGCGCUCGGAGCCCGGGGCGCUGGGCCGGCCGGGGCCCGCCCCUCCGCGGAGCCCACCCCACCGGCCCCGGGGAGCGGAGCUGCGGCGGAGUGGGGGGAGGAUCCCGCCCCGCCGCCCCGCUCCGUCCCACGGGCCGCGGGCGGGGGGUGCGCGGGGCAGAGCGCGGCCGUGGCGAUGGCCCUGCUGCCGCGGCGCUUCCUCUGCUUCCUGCUGGCCCAUCACUUCAUCGCGGCGACGGCGUGCCAGGAGGCGGACUACGGCUGGAUGAUCCGGCACUACUGCCUGAAGCAGUUCCAGCUCAGCAUGGAGGGCAUCGGGCAGCGGCUCUGGUGUGACUGGGAUGAGACUGUGGGCACAUACGGGGAGCUGACGAACUGCACGGCGCUGAUCGCCGAGAGGCUCGACUGCUACUGGCCCAACCGGCUGGUGGACGAGUUCUUCGUGGCCGUGCACAAGCAGUACUUCAGGAACUGCGCUCCCUCCGGCCGGGCGCUGCACGACCCCCCCAACAGCGUCCUCUGCCCCUUCAUCCUGCUGCCCGUCCUCGUCACCCUGCUGAUGACCGCGCUGGUGGUGUGGAGGAGCAAACGCAGCGAGGGCAUCGUGUAGGGACACCCUGGGGGAGGACAAAGCCCCGGAGGCAGAGACAGCAACACCACCGCUCCUCCCUCGCCGGGACCCUCCACAUGUGCUGCUCACCCAGCGGUUUCCAAAUAAGUACGUAAUUUAAGACACCGUUUGGUGGUCCGGGAUGCCGGUGGCUGGUGAAGCCAUCACAGGCUGUCACAGAGUCCUCUCGGGGUACCGGGGAGCACGGCUUGACCCAGACAUCAGCACUGUCACGGCUCUGCUCAUCCUUUCCCACUUGCUUCCCUCCCAGCAAACCCCCAGCAUUGCGUGCCAAAAGAGGAACAUUUUUAAAGAGAAAACAAAAAGAGGAUGGGGUGGUUAAAAUCCUGCCAGCCCUACAGUGCCAGCGUGCCAGUAACCACCACAGCUUCUUCUUUUUGUCUUUUUUUUUUCACACCAGGAAAGGAAUCUUCUCCCCUAGCACAAGGACGAGGCCUGAACGGGGUGGGUUUUGCCUGGGAGAUGGGGUGUAAUAGGCAAAAGUUGCCAGUGGCAGAGGGUGGCAUGGGUGGUGGCCUUGCCGGUGCCCUAGGGCUAAGAGCAACAGGAACAAGGUGCUUUUCCUACCUAAAUGAAUAAAUACAUCAGUAAACCAGG